CGGUGGCUGGCAGUGCUAGGUGGCUAGCAGACAACUUCGUAGCUGUGCUUCAAUCAAUCUUGAGCUACUGUCCUGGCAGCUUGAGAGAAUGGCAACGGACUGGCGAGCCCUAGCUAUGGAGCAAGCUGAAUUGAUCUCUGGUCGUCUCAGAGAGCUCUUAUCCUCUGGACAGGGAUAUAUGAGAUCGCAGUUUGGAGUUGAACUAGGACUGAGGCCUGAGCUCUACCCGUCUUGGGCUGUUCUCUUAACGGCGGUCGUUGGUGUGCUGGUAGUGCUUGUGAUGUCGUGGGCCGCUUUAUGUGGCAGUGGGAAAAAGCGUAUAACGUCUGCCACACACGGCAGUGGUGGUGAACCAGUGAAGGGUCCAGUGAUCAAGACUGUCAAAUCCGAGGAACAAAAGAAAAAGAUCAAAAAGAAAUCUGUUGAUAAGGCUCAAUCCAAUGGUCGAACUGUACCAGAGCCAAAAGCGGAGGUGAGAGCUAGUGAAGAAAUCCCCAAAUCAUCUCCAAUAUUGGCACCAGAGGUUGAAACCGAGAAGCCUGUACUUACACAGGUAAAGAAAAGCAAGAAGAAACCUAAACAGGAGGUAAAGCCAGGCAAGAAUGUGUUAGUGUCGAUUGGAAAGGAGUCAGAUGAUGGGGCAUGGGAGACAAAGGUGAGUAACCGAGAGAAAAAACAACAGCGGCGGAAGGACAAGGGUCCAGAUGACUCAGGAAGUCCAGGUGGUGUGGAGACUCCUAGCUAUCAUACAAAUCCACCCACUGUCACUGUCCCCCUCCAUACCAACAGAAAAAACAAAGAACCCCAGCGGACAAGGACUGGUGGAAAAGCAGAUGUUUCCAUUGCACCAGUGAACCCCCACUGGAGAGAGGAGCCCUCAGUAAACGGGGGAGGAUGGGCAGAUGUGUCCACAAAACUUCCCACCCAGAUGGCCAUCAAAGAUUGGCCGGCCAUAACCACUGGCCCCCGACACAGAAACCCUGAGUCCCAGACCUGGAAGCCAGAUAUGGAAGGGACAUGGAGUGGGGUUGACAGCAGGAUCAAGCCUGAACUCAAACCUGUGACUUUCUCUGUGCCCGGAAUGAACACAACAGCCUCGGAGCCCAAGCCCCAUUUUCCUGUUGAUCGGCAACGGGAUAAUCAGCCCGCUUGUGAGGACGUUUGGUCCAAUGGCAUCGAUGCAGCGGACCCCAGCUCUGACUGGAACGCCCCGACUGAGCUGUGGGGGAACUACGAGGAGCCCGUGGUGGUGGAGGCCCCGGCCCCGCCCCCACAGGAGCAGGCUGCACCCCAGAUGUCGGAUGAGGAAAUGGAGGAUGCUGCCAGUGGGGGAGCUGCCAAAUCAAAGAAGAAGAAGAAAAAGAAGAAGAAACUGGAGGAUGAGGGUGUUCCAGCACAGUAAAGUCUGACCCGAUCCUAGAGGCUCCAAAUCUGACCCAGAAGAAGAAGGUUCGGAGAGAAACAUGAAGUCAACCAGAUUCCAUUUAAUUCAUAUGCAAAAAGAUUGUUCAUUGUGUUAAAUGCAAUAAUUAUCGGGUACAGAAUUUGAUACAUAAGUGUAUUGUACUCUUCCCAUAUCCAAAAAUGAAAGACAGAAAACUAACAAUGGGUUGGACUGGCUUGGCAAGGAGUUCAGUGAACAUAUGAACUGGGUCUAACUGAUGUGCACUAUAUGCUUAACUGCAAUGAAGCGAGUGUUGUGGGAGAGAUUGACUUGCAGUAGAGGGUACAAGUUGAUAUAUUAUUAUUUUUCAAAAGCAUCAAAAGUCACUUUUUGAAGUAAUUUGUUUCUUAUUAACCCAAAUGUAGAAAACAGUUUUUCUAAGCAAUUCAGUUUUGAGAGGAAGUUUACUUUUGUUGUUGUUCUGUAGUGGCACUUGGUAUUGGUAGAUUGUGUGCAAAUGUGUCACAGUUAUUGAUUAUAUAAGUGGUUUAAGUUUGCCUGUUGAUGGGGAUCUCCAUUCAGUUGAACUCAUGUCCCUCCAGUGACAAAUCUCAGGAUUUUGGGAUGGGUAAACUGAUCCUAGAUUAACAAUAGAAGACUUCCGCUUACUGAGAUGUGGCAGUGACUAUUGUCAACCACAUAGAGGCACUGUAACUGUUUAGACACUCAAUGGACACCACUAUGGAAAUAUGCGGUUGUUGGAUUUCUUGCGCUGCAAUGACGCUAUGUAUUUUCUCAGUGCAUUUUAUCAUUUUAAGGAUAUGAUUUACUUGUGCAUUGACCAUCUUAAGUAGAGAUAUUCUGGUCUUAUUGCACUCAGCUGAUGAAAUUAUUUCUUAAAGCUUGUCUUUUCUUCCAACCUCUGUGAUAGAAAAGCCAUGCCAUAUGUACAGAUUCAAAGGGCUUUUUCUAAUGUUGAGUUGUGAUUGCACUGUGCAAAGGCUGUAUUGAGUUCCUUAAUGUUUUCAUUCAUUUAAGACCUUAUUGCGGAAUGUCAACAUGUAAUUCCUGGUUAGUCACUUUUUUGAUGGACGUCAAUGUGAUUUAAAGGGGCAGGUACUGAGUUGAAGGAGUCUAGAGCAGCUUUCAUUUCAUGUCAAAGUCAUUUUAACGGUAUAUCAGGAAUUUAAUUCUAUUGCCUUAACCUGUAGUGUGCAGUAAGUGCGUUGACAUUUUUUAUAGUUACCAUUCAACUUCAAGUUUCAUUAAUGUCAGAAAUAAAUUUUACUUGUGCAUGACUUUGAUAACCAAACUCAUACAUUGUUUUAAAAGAAAAAGUGCAGAUAAUUUAGGUAGUGCCACUGUAGUGCCACUCAGUGUGUAUAAAUAGCCUUUACUGAGGGGUGGCAAAGUGAGCAUGAGCAUUUUGACUUGUACAUAAUGCUUCUGUUGAAAUCGCAAGGACUGUA